AACUACAACCGCCCGUGCGUCUGGUGCGUGACUACGUCACACGUUGAUGCACAUCGCCGUUCUGCAUGGAGUUUAUCAAGCAACACAGAUUCAUUCGUAAUUUUCUAAGUUUAUAAGGGGGUGAAUAAGUUGGACAACACCCUACCAACAGUGUGGUCAGAGAUGUCCGGACGGGUGUGCGCCAGCAUCCUUCAAAGAGCUUCAAGCUACAAAUUAACACUUUAUUCUGCUGCCCCGAUCCAGUACACCCACUUUGUAGCAUUUCCCUCUCAAAGUGGGCGGCACCUAUCAACUCGGCAGGAUCUUGACUUCCAGCUCAGCCAGGUCCAAAUCAACAGUAUUCUGCGAUCUAAUGAGCAGACUGUGAGUGUGCCAGAGUUUGAUGGCAGGGGACUCAGUGCUGUCAGAAAGUUUGAGAGCAACCAGCUGGCUGCUAACACACCAAAUGAGGACCGUCGCAGUGCAGCCACCUGCUUACAGUCAAAGGGCAUGCUCUUUGGAGUGUUUGACGGGCACGGGGGCUGGGCAUGUGCCCAGGCUGUCAGUGAGCGUCUGCUGUACUACACUGCAGUUGCUAUGAUGACAAAGCAGAGCCUGGAGGAGCUUGAGAAAUGCAUGGAACAUGGCAGAGCUGUUCCCCCCAUCUUGCAGUGGUACAAACACCAUACAGACUUCAACUAUCGGGAAUCUGCUACCCUGUACAUCGAACACCUCAGAGUUUUCUGGCAGGAAUUACUGGACAGUGAGGAACAUGGCGAAGGCUUGAGUCCUGUGGAUGCUCUGGAUCUUUCUUUUAAACGGCUUGAUGCUGACAUCUCCCUGGAGGCUCAAGUUCCUCUUUCCAAUGACCUAAUGAAAAGCACAGCCAUUCAGGUUGCGUUUGCCGGCUGCACUGCCUGUGUGGCACAUGUUGGCAUAGAAGGGAUUCAUGUGGCGAAUUCCGGUGACUGCCGAGCAGUAUUGGGAGUGCUGGAGGAGGACGGUUCCUGGAGCGCUUUGCCCCUUUCCGAGGACCAUAACUCCCAGAACCAGGCCGAGGUUGAGCGGAUCAAGGCCCAGCACCCAACUUCAGAGAGAGACACAGUGGUCACAGAUGACAGACUGCUCGGGGUUCUGAUGCCCUUGCGUGCAUUUGGUGAUGUACGAUUCAAAUGGAGCCACGAGUUGCAGCAGAGCAUUUUAGCAAGCCUGGAAUCCGGAGCCGACCUGGAGUCUCUCAACCUUUACCAGUACACUCCACCUAACUACCUAACGCCACCGUAUCUGGAUGUGGCACCUGACAUAAUCUAUCACAAGCUGAGGCCUCAGGACCGCUUCCUGAUCCUCGGCACUGAUGGGUUGUGGGAUGAACUAGGGAACGAGGAGGCUGUACGACUGGUUGGAGAACACCUGAGUGGGAUUCACCUACAGGCUCCUGUUACUCCAUCUGAGAGGCAGAUGAAAUUGGGUCGGAUACAUGAACUCUUGUUGAAACGCCGGUCGCGUGCCUCCCCUGCUUUAGACACCAACGCUGCUACACACCUACUUAGACAUGCUCUUGGCACUGGAGAUUAUGGAGAACUGUGCCAGGAGAGACUGGCCUCUAUGCUCGCUCUGCCAGAGGACCUAGCAAGAAUGUACAGGGACGAUAUCACAGCUACUGUGGUGUAUCUGAACUCUGAUCUGGCCAGACCUCAACAAAGCUAAUUUUUUUACAAUUCAAGAUGGAAAAAAAAUCAGUUCAUUUCAUAGUCCUCAAGGAUGUCAUUUUCUGGAUAUUUUUUGGACAAAUGGGACAAUCAUCAUUACAGCCUGUUACAUACAUAUGUUUAUAAAUGUUUUUUAAUGUAACAGCAGUUUCCAGUGUUGUAUUAUGUACAAGACAUAGGUUACAGGUUCAUAGCAUUUAUCAGGUCAAUAUACAGAUUUUGUGGAGAAAAGCAUUUCAUUCAUCAUUGUAUUCAUGACAUGGACGUAUUAAAGACGUCACCUGAGUUGCAUGUCAAGUGUAAAUGUUGGUAGUAAUUACAGCGACACUCACUUUGUUCCCUGUCUGGUUGUUUGUUUGCUUUCCUUGCACAGUUUGCAUCAGACAAUACAGUUGUGAAGAUUUUUUCUGUUUUCAUUGCUGUUUACUUCACUUACAUGUAAGCUGUGAAGUAUAGUUUUAACGUUGUGUAAAUGUUCUGUCUUCAGUGUUGUUAGAUGUAUCUAAGUUGACUCUCCACUCCAUGGAUAAAAGGGGCAGAUGCUUUAUAAUAAACAACUGAGAAAUUA